CACAAACAAGCCCACACAGCAGCUCACAUGAACAAAAAUGGAAAAGCUGAGGAGAUCAUCCAACAAAAGAAAGCCCGAUAUUGCCCGGUGCAAGAAGCACCCAAAGCACCAACAAUCGCCCGGCGUUUGCAGCUUGUGCUUGAGACAAAAGCUAGAACGGCUUGCUCAAAAGCUGUCAACUUAUUCUGGCUCGCCACUUCUACUACGUAGAACCUUGUCUACCACCUCUCCUUCGACGACGUCGUCUUUAUCGUCGUAUUACUCAUCCUCUUCGGGUUCUUCUUUGUCGUCUCCGGCACCGGGAUAUGAGCAAAAGGGCCCCAUUUCUUGGUUUCUGAGUGGUGAAAAUAAUGUGCUCACUAAAAGUAGGUCGCUGGUUAAUUAUUUUCCAAGGAGAAUGAGAGGGAAAGAGGGCAGCGAGGAGAAGAAGAAAAGUAGGUUUUGGUCGAAGUUGCUUCGUCCCAGAAGUAAGCGGAGGGAAGAGAGUUUGGUGCAUUCUAGGACUGUGAGAGAGAUCAGGGUGCCUAAUCGGGUGUUUUGAAGGCCAAGUUGUUAAUAUUUUUGUUCUUUAUUAUUUUUUGGGAUUGUUCUUGAUAUAGAUUAGAGUGUACGUAGCAGAUUUCUGAUCACAAUUUUACAUCAGAAAGCUGACAAAAGGAAAUUAAAAAUUUGUACUAUUUGUGUAAUACCAGUGUUUUUGUACAACUAUAUAUCGUGCAAUCAUACAUACAGGUCAUUUGAAUUCAACUACAGGACAUUAA